UCCCCAUCUCCCAUUUCAGUGCCCGCGUGGCCAUUGUUAGAGCCCCUCGCUCCAACUGCAAAGCCACCCUCCCCGCUUCCUCAUCUGCUCUUCCAAUGGACGCUUUCCGGCUAGGUCUCCUCUCACCUUCCCCGUCCCCCGUCAUUCCCAAAACGCACCUCGGAAGUCUUGGUUUGAAUUAUGUUUCAAUAAUAUUCGAACAAGCAAGAAAACCUAAUUACAAUGUAUCAGCCGUGCAAGUGCACCAAUACUCAACGUCACUUCCAAGUCAACAGAGAGAUGAUUUCAAAACCAAAAUUGUACAGGCAAUACCAGAUAAAGUCUUAGCAACGGCUAAUAGAGAAUACUCUAAAGAGAGAGAAAAGCAUGAGUUUGACCAAUGCUUGAAAUAUCUCAAACGCCAGUUGCUUCAUGAGCAUGAUUUGUGGUAUCUAUUCCCUCAUAAUAUGGAAAAGCACUCAUUACCAGUCUCUGUGGAAGUAGAUGCCAAAGUUACCAGUAUAAGUGGAAACAACAAUACCAUACCAAUUGAAGAUACUCCACACUCUGGCUCUGGUGCACCAACUGAUGUUCUUGAACUUUCUACAAAAGCUAUGAUAGCCUCAAAAAGACCAGUAUUUUUAGUGGACCAAUCAAACAUCUCAGAUAUUGAAUUUGAUAAGUCACACUUUUUCAGCUUGGAUGAAAGGCCAGUUGAUGGUACUUUUACCAAUCAACAAGUAACCAUUAGAUCAGGAAGACUAUUGGAGAGACGGUCCAAGAUGCGCAAGGUGUCGAAGAAAUCAGACAAUUUUGACUAUGUUGUUCCUAGUUCAAGGGCUACAAAUCAUAUCAAGAAGAUCAUUGAUUCCAAUGACCGACUCAGUUUAUUCUUAAAGGGUCCUGAAACAAAACAAUUAUUGACAUUUAAAGAAGAAAAAGAUUUAUUUACUCAGAUAGAGGACCUUAUGAGAUUGGAAGAUGUUAAAGAAAGACUUCGGUUGCAAACUAAACGUGAACCAACAUUGGCUGAAUGGGCUCAAGCAGUUGGAAUUAGUUGCCAUGGGUUGCAAUCCUGCCUUUCUUCUGGGAGACACAGUCGUGACAAAAUGAUUUCUGCUAAUUUACGUCUUGUGGUACAUGUUGCAAGACAAUAUGAAGGGAAGGGCCUUGACCUUCAGGAUCUGUUGCAGGAAGGAAGCAAGGGUCUUAUGAAGAGUUUUGAGAAGUUCAAGCCAGGAGCUGGAUCCAGGUUUCCAACUUAUGCAUACUGGUGGAUAAGACAUUCAAUUAAAAAGGCCAUUUUCCAGAACUCUCGGACAAUUCGAAUACCAGAGAAUGCUUUUGCAGUACUGAAAAAUAUAAAAAAUGCGAGGAGAUUGUGCAUUCAAGAAGGCCAUCUUCCAACAAAUGAAGAGGUAGCAAAACGUGUUGGCAUCACUGUUGACAAGUUGGAGAGUUUAUUAUUGAACACUAGAAUUCCAGUGUCAAUUGAAGGACGUCCUUGGUCAGAUCAUGAUGCAACUUUUCAGGAAAUUGUAGCUGACCCAGCAAUAGAGAGUCCUGAUCUUGCGAUAGCCAAGCAGAUGAUGAGGUUGCAUGUUCACAGCCUUCUAAAGAUUCUUAAACCCAAGGAGAAAGCUAUAAUUCAGUUGCAGUUUGGAAUUCACUGUGAUGAACGGAAGUCAUUGUCGCAGAUUGGUGCUAUGUAUGGCCUUUCCAAAGAGAGAAUAAGACAGAUAGGAAACCAGGCUUUGAAAAAGCUCAAGAAAUGCCUCCUUGCCCAAGGGCUUGAGGCUUAUUUAGAAUUGCUAACUUGACUCUUUUACCACUUCAUAUUUUCUUCAUAGCAUUCUAUAUUUAAAUUCAUGACUAUAUCUUACUGUACAUAAAUGUGCCAUUUCAAUGAGCAAAGACAAUUAUAUCUCUUCUUGGCACUAAUGAAGGGGGACAACA